AUGGUGAUAAAUAGUAAGUAUUUAGUAACAACCAGGGUUUAUAUCGAGAAUCACCUAAAGAUAGUAAAUGUGCGCAAUGAAAUCAUCCGUCGUUUAUCUGCACUGCUGGUUCUGGAUGAAGUCAGUAACGAGGAGCUGUGUGAAGUCAAAGUGCUUCUGUGUCCGAUCGUUUCUCGGGCUGGAACUGAUAUUGAAGCGGCUCUCUGUGGCCUGUCAGCUGAUAAGCCCACCGUAGUGAUAGUGCUGCACCACACCUUCGAUCCUGAUUCCACUGUACCGUGUAGCAGCAGAUAUGACAAGCACAAUCUGAUGAUGGUAGAUGUCCUGUUCCAUGAGGAUGAGGGACUGCUGAAGGGACCAAAGAAUAAUGAAUCGUACAACAAAACAGCCAAUUUCCUCAAACAACACGGUCACCAAUCUUUAAAACCUGAUAAAAAAGUUUUACUGGUCAGUAUUUUGGAAAACAUUUCAUCUGAUUUGCCUAAAACUGGAGCAUAUGCGUGGAGCCUGAUUAAGAUACUUCUCAUAAUAAUCAAAGCUGUUAACGUUAACAAGCAGGUAUCCAACAAAAAAGAGCCAUGGUCCAAAACAUUAAUGUAUUCCUUUAGAAAGCACUGGUUCCUUUGGAUCGCAUCCAUGGCUGGUACUCUGUACAUGGAAGAAGCCUGUAAACAACAUUCACAGCCCAAGAACAUCACAGACCGCUGUAGGAACUAUUGGCCUCUGUGGACUGCGUGCACGGCUGUUACUGUACAUGCUGCGGUAUUUAACAAAGCUUCACUGACCAAGAGAAUCCUGAACUCCAUCAAGAGACAUUUGGAUCUUUGGGCUGCAUGCAUGGCCAUUGAUCUGAGGGCUGAAGAACCCUGCAGAGAGGUAUCAGAGCCCAGGAAAAUCAUGAACUACUUUAAGAAGUAUUGGCCAUUCUGGACUGCGUGCAUGACCAUUACACUGAAUUAUGCGGUCCACAAACGUCUGAAAAGGUCCAGAAACACAGUGUUAUAGUUGUUAUUCUACACAAUAGUGAGCCUCAAGAACAAGAUUCACAACCCAAACUUAAACAAGCGUCUACGGCUUGUCUGUGUGAACUCUAAACUAAAGGAUGCUAUGUAAUUGUCCAGUGUGCUGUAUGCUUUACACCAGAUGUAACAGGACUCAUGUAUGACAGAAAGGUUCACUUUUGGUUUAUCAAUCCAGAGAACAUUAUUUUAAAAAUGCUCAAUGGUUAUUACAGUGUUUUAUUUUUACUAAAAAUAAGCUGUUCCUUUUGCUAAGCAUUGUUAGCAAGUUUUCUGACACUGCAUUUUCUCAACGAAUAACAAUGUCUGCCUAAUCUCUAAGUGAUGGUUACACUUUACAGGGUCGGCAGUAAUCAAGCCUGGGUGUACCAAGUCUAAUUAAAUCCAAUUAUUAAUUUAUUUGGUUAAUGGUUGGUUGAGUAACUAGAGUAAAGGCAGUUGUAGCCUAGUGGUCAAGUUACUGGACUAGUAAUCGAAAGAUUGCCGGUUCAAGCCCCACCACUGCCAGGUUGCCACUGUUGGGCCCUUGGGCAAUGCCCUUAACCUUUAAUUGCUUAGGCAAUAUACUGUCACAGUUCUGUAUGUCGCUUUGGAUAAAAGCGUCUGCUAAAUGCUGAAAAUGUAAAUGUAGAGGAACAAUUACUUCUCACACAGGAUUCGUUGGUUCUAUAAACGUUUUUCUUUAAUGAAAUGAUAAUUUUUAAUAACUGUAUAUUGUGUUCAAUCAUUGAGCUUGUGUUGUGUUGUGCCUAAGUUUCAGGGGCUGAAUCCUGGGCUGGGCUCACAAAUACAGAAGGUGCACGGCAUAGCGUGAACCUAGCCAUCUGGGGUGGGGGGCAUCAUAACAGUGCACCCUCAGUGCCAGUCCCAAGCCCAGAUAUAUAGGAAAGCUGUAUCAGGAAAGAUGUCUGUUGAACAUAAACUGUGACAAAUCACAUAUGCAGAUGAAUGAUUAAUACAUUGUUGAAACUUCUAACAGGAGCAGCUAAAAGGAAUCAUUUAGUUUCACUCAGUGUUUACUUUAGUUUGGUUGUUCUUGCCACGGGGUGUUACACCAUGGUAAACUUGGCUCUGUCCCAACUUUAAUGUGCUACAGGCAACAGAUUUUAAAUGUGUUUAUACAUGUAUGUGUACAAACUACAAUUGAGUUGUUUAAACAUUAGAUUUUUUCUUUUUGUACUUUUGUUUUACUUUUGUGCAAAUAAACAUUAUGAUUAAGGUUUUCUGAAUAA